AUGGCGUCGCGAGGGUCUAAGCGGCGGAGACGCGCGGGCGGUGCGGGCAGGGGGGUCAUGGCGCGUGCGCUCGCGUGGACGUCGCACACAGCACUGCGCGACCGCGUCACCCGUUCGCCGCCCAAAGCCCAGGGCGGACUUAGGCACUUUUCAGAGAAUGCUAUCAAUAUAGUAGCAGUAAAAUCAGCGGAGAAAGCGCUUCAAAGACGUUCAGCGCUUAUAGCGGUGGCUCGAAAUAAGCGGGAGAGCCGGGAACGGACGAUGCAACAACAAACCGCCUCUAUUCGCGGUGCGGUGACUCAUCGACGUCAGCCCGAGCUAAAUGCGGACGCCGUGCGCUGCCGCCCUUCGCGAGGUUUUCUGCUUCUCUCUGGCAGGGCGUACGCGCAGCGCUCUUACAAUGGGUCGAUGACCCCCGCCCACUCGUUGCAAGAAACGCUCCAAAUACAAAAACACAUUCUCAAUGACAGCGCAGACUCAGGCUCAAACCGAACGUUGAAAGGUUUGAAAGAUUUACAUCUCGGUAUACGCCUGCCGGGCUAA